AUGAUUUCUUCAGGUCGAUGUGCAGCUUGCAGGAAUCAAAGAAGAAGAUGUCAUUCCAAUUGCAUUUUCUCUCCUUAUUUUCCAGCCAAUGAUCCUCAAAGAUUCGCUUAUGUUCAUCGAAUAUAUGGUGGUAGCAGGGUUGGCAGAAUCCUUCAGCAAAUUCCAUCAAGUAGGAGGGCAGAAGCAGCAGAUGCAUUGUAUUUUGAAGCAGAGUGUAGGAUUGAAGAUCCAGUGUGUGGGUGUGUGAAGAUUAUCUCAGAAUUAUGGCAACAAAUUCACAAUACAGAGAUUGAGCUUGCCAGAGUCCAAGCUCUUGUUGCUUUGCACAGGUUUCAAAUCCCACAAACUGAAGUUAUCAUGCCAUCAUCACAAAGCAGCACAGGCCACCUUUUUCAGAUUAAUUCUUCAACUCCUAAUUGA